UCUGGACGGCAGGCGGCGUUUCAUUUAAAAUGGCGGAUGCUUCGUCAUCUAAACAUGUUGAACAAGCUUUUAUAAGUUCUCCCUCAAUUCUUGCUGAGCAUUUUACAGAUUUAAAUGUUGAUUUGUGUGCUAGAGAGUUUUCGAAUUAUUUGAACGUAAAUUUAUCUUCUCAGGUGCAAACCUAUCAAGACAUUAUAGAAGAUAUGUUAGUCCGUUUAGAAGAGCUCUCUCAAACUGCAGACAUGAUCCAAAAUGAAUCGGAAGUUGUUGUAGCUGACCUUCUUCCAAGAAUUAUUUUACAAAGUAAAAGUCUCCCUGCAAUAUUUCAAAAGAUUGAACAUCUAGAGAGAUUCAUGAAAGAGGUUUCUGAAAAUAUUGAUAAGUUGGAAGAAAAAGUAAAAAAAGCAGAGACUGAUCUUGAAACUUCAACUGUAAAAGGAUUUCUAAAACGAUUUCAACAGAAAAAAGAAAUAAAGAAAUCAGAGAACAUUUCAUGGGUGCCAGUUGAGUUGACAAAUUUAAAACAAUAUUUCCGUAAUGAUAAAACAUCAGAAGAGAAAAAUUUCAUUCCAUUGUCUAAUGUGGAAGAUAAUGAUACUUGAAUGGGUUUAGGUCAAUUUCAUAUAUUUAAUUUGUAGAGUCAUGUUUUUAUGAUUAUAAUGCACAUCUUACUCAUAAAAAUUUACACCACAAAUGCACAAUAAAUACACAUAAACACAAUAUCAACCACAUUAAUUAUUGAAUAAAUAUUGAAAUGUCUUAUAUAUUUCAACUUAAGCAUUGCUACAAUGCAAUUUUUCAUGACAAUAAAGCAGAAUCGUAUUGCAUUUUAAGCCAUUAGAUUUGUGACAUUACCUGAAAUAAUAAACCCUACCUACAAUGUUCUUGGCUGCAUAAAUAUCUCUUCAAAUGAAAGAAAAUAAAUGCCAAGAAAAUGGCCAUUUGAUUUCAAA